GUCUGCAGCGCCCUGGGUGCUGGUCCCGCAGCGAGUACGCUCGGGAGCAGGCGUCCGGCCCUGGGGCGCGCUCGCUCGGUGGGGAGGGAGAAAGUCUAAGGGGUGGGCUCGUAGGGGGUGGGGAGAGAUCUGGAGCUGGAAGAAGGGUCGAAGUCUCGGGAGAGUUUGCACUUUAGACCCAAGCCGCCUGAGGAAAGAGGCAAGAAAGACCCCUUUCCUUUGUAAAGAAAAACCUUAAAUGAAAUCCAAAAAAAAUAAAAAAUAAAAAAUUUCUUAAGAAAAAGAACAAACGAGACCGGCUGAAGGCAGGAACUUGUAAAGUGCAGUGAAAAGUUGAAAAUGUCCUUUCUUCCUGGCUCUCUAAAGGGGAGACCAAGGGGGCAAACUGAAGCAUACUACCAGCUUGGAAGUUGGGGGUAUUUUUCUUUAAGAGAGGCUAAGGGAAAUGACCCCGUUCCCGCCACCGGCCCCCCGACUCCAGCUGGAGGGGCGCUGGGACGCAGGCAUGCGCGCCGCGCCGGGCGCGGGGGCGGGCGGCGCGGCGAGGAAAGGGUUAAGGCGCUGAGCGCGGAGCCAUCUGGCCGGGUUGGCUGGUUAUAACCGCGCAGAUUAUGUUCACGGGACUCAGAGUUGAAGGCUCCUCUCCCUACCGAGCAGCUCCGCGCGCGGCCCCCGAGAGAGCCCGGCGCAACUACUUUCUCCCCUUUCCUUUCUUUCUCCUCAUUUUGUCCCCUGCUGGGUGGUGGCGGCGGCGGGGUGGGGGAGAUUUUGAAUGACCGAGCUCGCGUCCACCUUUCUCUUCAUGUCGACGUCCCUGGAAACAGUCACACGGAUGCCAUGGUUACUUCUGUCACGGUGCUCCCACGGGAAGCCUUCCCUGAGGCCAGAAACAUAUGACAUCCCUGGCAUGUCAUUCACUGCAUUAUAGAAGCUCAAGUGUCUGUCUCCCCCAUGAGCCUGUCCACUCUUUGUAGCUCUUACAGGUGAACAAGGUGAUGUCCAUCUUGUUUUAUGUGAUAUUUCUCGCGUAUCUCCGUGGCAUCCAAGGGAACAGCAUGGAUCAAAGGCGUCUGCCGGAAGACUCGCUCAAUUCCCUGAUUAUUAAGCUGAUCCAGGCAGAUAUUUUAAAAAACAAGCUCUCCAAGCAGAUGGUGGACCUUCAGGAAAAUUACCAGAGCACCCUGCCCAAAGCCGAGGCCCCCCGAGAGCCAGAGCGGGGGGAGCCCGCCAAGUCGGAAUUCCAGCCCGUGACGGCCGUGGGCCCCGAAUGGCUGCGGCACCAGAUACGCUACAACUCCCCCCGGGUCCUGCUGAGUGACAGCACCCCCUUGGAGACCCCUCCCCUGUACCUCGUGGAGGAUUAUGUGGGCAACCCCUCCGUGGCCAACAGAACGGCGCGGCGGAAGAGGUACGCGGAGCACAAGAGUCACCGGGGGGAGUACUCCGUGUGCGACAGCGAGAGUCUGUGGGUGACCGACAAGUCGUCGGCCAUUGACAUUCGGGGACACCAGGUCACGGUGCUGGGGGAGAUCAAAACGGGCAACUCCCCCGUCAAACAAUAUUUUUACGAGACGAGAUGUAAGGAGGCCAGGCCUGUCAAGAACGGUUGCAGGGGCAUCGAUGACAAACACUGGAACUCUCAAUGCAAAACCUCCCAGACCUACGUCCGGGCACUGACGUCAGAAAACAACAAACUGGUUGGCUGGCGGUGGAUACGGAUAGACACGUCCUGUGUGUGUGCCUUGUCGCGGAAAAUCGGAAGAACAUGAAUUGGCAUCUCUCCCCGUAUAUAAAUUAUUACUUUAAAUUAUACGAUAUGCAUGUAGCAUAUAAAUGUUUAUAUUGUUUUUAUAUAUUAUAAGUUGACCUUUAUUUAUUAAACUUCAGCCACCCUACCGUAUAUAAGCUUUUUUCUCAAUAAAAGUCCGUGUGCUUGCCUUCCCUCAGGCCUCUCCCAUCUGUUAAACCUGAUUCUGUAACCCGGCUCCCCCAGGGGCCGCCCUGUAAAAUCUGUGUACACCAGUAUUUUGUAUUCAGUAUUGUCAAGGCCAUGACUGUCGUUGUAGUAAACGUGUUAAAAUUGG